UGCACUGAAGCAACAACAUACCACAACCUAGUUUCAUGCACGCAAUAAUAAGAACAAGACUGGGAGGAAGAUUGGCAUUACAGCAAGUACGAUGGCCAUCAUACUACUGCUGCUCCUCUUCGUUCUAAAUGGAGCUGAUGGAACUCAGAUUGUCGGAGGCGGAGAUGCCCCGCCGCACUCUCGUCCGUACAUGGCCUCGCUGCAGUUUCGAGGGCAGCAUUUCUGCGGGGGGUCGCUGAUCAGAGAAGACUUUGUCCUCACUGCAGCACAUUGCAGGAUAGCCCGUGCAAUGACGGUGGUGCUGGGGAUCGACUCCCUUGAAGGUAAUGAGACCACCAAGCAGGUAUUCACCACCAUCAGAAACAUCCCACAUCCCAGCUACGACGGCCACCAAAACGACAUCAUGCUCCUUCAGCUCAACGGCAGCGCCACACUAACUGACGAAGUGCAGCUGAUUGUUCCCAAAAGCGGGCGCCUGGGAAGACGCAGCAGGUGCAUCACGGCCGGCUGGGGGGACAUCGGUGAUAACAACACCUUGCCAAAUACUCUUCAGGAGGUCAACGUCACCCUGCUGUCACUACGUGCGUGUCGCCGACGAUGGGGGAGAGUCCCCAUCGUCAGCACCAUGGUGUGCGGCACCGGGUCCCGUUUCUUUCAAGGCUUUUGCUCGGGUGAUUCAGGUGGCCCGUUGAUUUGCAACGGCGAGGCCGCAGGCGUGGUAUCGUUCUCCGGGCGACGAUGCGGGAACCCCAGAACCCCCGACGUCUACACGCGCGUCUCGUCCUUCACCGACUGGAUUUCCAGCGUUUUGAACAGCAAUCCAGUGAAUGAACAUCGAGCUGUGUGACAUCAUCGCCCUCCAGUUACACAUUUAUGUGUUUGUGCUGAGGCACACUAAUCAGUUACGUCUCAGUGUCACUGAUUUUGCCGUUUAGUAUUCAUUCGGUAUGCUUCGGACUGGCUAUUUUACAGCUUGACUUUUUUCAACUUCUAAAAGCAAGCCGAGAUAAAACGAAAUUCAAAAUAACAAAUUCAGAAUAGUUUAUGUGUGCCCCCCUCCCCGCUUUUUUUUGCCUGCUUUAUAUUGGAACAAUGAAGCAACCACUGGUCAUUUCAGAGGAAUCAUUUUUUUAAAUGUAUAUUUGAGAUUUUUAAAAAAUAUAUUAGACACUCUAAGUAUUGUCUGCAAACAAGAGUUUUCAACCCCAGUUAUUGAUGAUUAAAUGUUGAAGGGGAAUGUGAUCAACAAAUGCACACAUACUGUAGGAGCUUUGAACCACUGAACUAGAGGAUAUUUUCAAGAUUUUUCCAACUGUUUUUUGCCAUGUAGUAUGAGCGUAGCAUUGUUCUUCCUUUAACCUGCCUCACAAUAAAUUUGUGUCUUAUAAAAAUUC